UAGUUAAUGUCGUUAAAGAAAUCAAAAAUGGUCGCUCUGUUGUGGAAUAACACGUCACCAGUAGGUGAUAUAUUUGAGAUGAUAAGAUUGAUAUAAGAGGUUGAUAAAUUGGAAAAAAAUGAAUGUAUUAAAAUAUUAUAUUAUCGUGGAAACUUAUAAUAACUGUUGCUUUGUUUAAAAUACUAGAAAUUUAUUCUAACCUAUUUAAAAAAAAUCAUCAAUAAACAUUAAGUAUAUUUGAUAUUUUUUUUUUCAUUAUGAUAAUAUGGUUAUAUUAGUUGUUGAUUUAUUUGAAAAUAUUAAAUAGUAUGUAUUUUCAUAAAUGAUGAUAUAAAGAUGAGUCUUCAAAAACAAUUUUUUAUGUGCCUGUCAAUUUUUUAUUUAAGACUUUUAUAAAAUUAAAAUUUAUUGAAAGCAAAAAGACUGAUUUAAUUGUUAAUAAAAAUUGAUUAAUUAUUUUACAAAAACAAAAUAUUUGUAUACAAAAAAAUAUGGAGUCAAAUGAAAGAAAUAAAUUAUCAAAUGGAGAUGUUAUAAGCAAUAAGGAUAUCGAUUGGUCUAGAUAUGGAUUACACAAUAAUACAGAAACUCAAAAAAAUAAUGAAACACAAAGAAAUAAUAGACAAUAUGAAGAAUUUGGAUCUGAAAUGUAUCAAACUGGAGCAAAUGAAUUAUUUGCUCAAGAAUAUAGUGCUGAUCCUUGGUGGAAAUCAAAUUUUUUUAUUUCUCAGCCUGUAUUAUUUGGAACAUGGGAUGGAGUUUUUACAUCUUGUUUAAUUAACAUUUUUGGAGUUAUUGUCUUUUUGAGAUCAGGAUGGAUAGUAGGUCAAGCUGGUUCUUUUAAUGCUGUAUUAAUAAUUUUAUGUACAGUGUGCAUUGCAUUGGUAACAGUAUUAUCUGCUGUGGGAAUAUGUGAAAGAUGCCGUGUAGAAAGUGGUGGAGUUUAUUUUUUAUUAUCACAUGUGUUAGGAUCAAGAUUUGGUGGAUCUAUUGGAUUACUAUAUUGUUUUGGACAGGCGGUGGGUUGUGCUCUAAAUGUUUUAGGAUUUGGAGAAUCUAUGGCUGGUCUUGUGGGUUUAGAGUCUGCAUGGGCAGAGCGAGGUUUUGCUUGUACUGCUGUUAUUUUAUUGUCUAUUAUUAAUAUUGCUGGUGUCAAAUGGGUCAUAAAACUUCAAUUUAUUUUAUUAUUAAUUUUAUUGCUUGCUGGUGUAGAUUUUAUGGUUGGAAGUUUUACUCACAUAAAUGUUGAAGCUGGUUUUGAAGGUUGGUUAUCAGGAAAUUUAAAAAAUAAUACUUUUACCAACUAUCAGGAUGGAUAUAGUUGGUUUACAGUUUUUGGCGUAUUUUUUCCUACAGUAACUGGUGUUUUAGCUGGUAUUAAUAUGAGUGGAGAUUUAAAACAUCCAUCUACUGAUAUUCCUAAUGGCACAUUAGCAGCUGUCGGAACUGGAACAUUUUUAUAUUUAUGUUUUUCAAUAUUUCUCGCGGCAACUUGUACUCGAAAGGCACUACUUACGAAUUUUAUGAUUGCAUCAACAGUAUCAGCAAUUUCAGUAUUGCUAUUAGCAGGUCUUUAUGUUUCAUCAUUUAGCAGCUGUUUGGGUGCAAUGUAUGGUACACCUCGAGUUCUUCAAUCUAUUGCUAGUCAAAAUGUUUUACCAGGAAUUAGUUGUUUGCAAAGAGGAAAAGGACCAAAUAAGGUACCUGUAUAUGCAAUGUUAGUUGUUGCUGUUGUUACAUUGACUUUUAUUAUUACCGGUCAAAUUAAUACACUUGCACCAAUUGUUACUAUGCCUUUUCUUCUAACUUACGCAUGCUUGGAUUAUGCAUAUUUUGCUCUUGCACAAACAUUUGAUAUACAAUUAUCUAGAGAACAAAGAUUUCGAACACAAUCUCCAACAUUUGAUCGUGAUUAUGGUUCUGCAAGUAGAAAUAAUUCGAUAACGGAUACAGAUAACGAUUUAGAUAAUUUAUUUCCCGAACGAAUAAGGCAUAAAAAUCUAAUCAGAAAUCCUAGUCUUUCUGAAAAUAAUGUUUAUAUAGAUUCUUCACCAAGUGUCGAUGAAAAUGGUAGUGGAACCGAUACUGCAGAACGAAAAAUUCAUAUCCAUAAUAAAUUAGGAAAUUGGUAUAGUCCUUUAUGUAAUAGAUGGUUUUCAUUAUUAGGUUGUCUUAUAAAAUUACUUAUUAUGUUUCUUGUUCAUUGGAGCUAUGCUAUUGCUAAUAUUGUUGUUGUUUUUCUCGUUUGGAGUUACAUUGGCCAUGCUAAUCCUGCAGUUAAACCAGGUGUUUCAUCUGAAUUUAAAUUGUUUAAAUGGUUGAAAAUGUUGUUGUUAAGGAUUAUGGGAAGAAAAGUUUAUGAUUACGAACAAAUUGUCGUUACACCUGUGCAUCCUGGUGUUGAAACUUGUUCAGCUCAAUUAAAUGAAGAAAAUGAAGAUUUUGCUGGAAGGAGAAGAUAUCAUCAAACAGCUACUGUGACGGGACAAUGUGUCAGUAUUGAUUGAAUAUUGCUUUUGCAGAAUAAUUAGGCAAAAUUUCGAAUGGAAAUCAGAUAUAAAUUAUUUGAACAGAAGGAAUUGUAUAGGAAUCAUAUUAUGAAAUAUCAUAUUUUAAAAUAGAAUGAAAUAAGAAGGAGAACAUUGUAAUUUGCAAUAUUAUUGACCGCACAAAACUAGUCUAGUUAAGAACAUUUCAUAUCUUAGGUAAAAGAAAUUUUUUAUAAAAUACCAUCACAACCUGAUAGCCUUAACAAUAAUAGUAAUUAAAUAAAAAGAAAAAAAAGUAUGUUAUGUCAAGAGAAUAAUAAAUGAACAAAGUCACAUGACUUUUGGUACUAGUUUAUUAAAUUAUAUUAGACAAUUGAAAUGCCAUACUGCCAGAAGCAUUUCUAAAAUGGAGGGUCCAUAUAUUCAGUGAAUUAUUUUAACAAAUAUUUCUUAUGAUGUGAGAUUAUUUAUUCUUUAUAGACUUUAUAAUUUGUAGUUAAACAUAUUCUAUAUAUUAUUGAAGAUAUCGAAAGAUAAUGUUGAUAUCAAACUAUUUAUAAUAUAUAAUCUGUAAAUAUGUAGUAAUGACAUAUUUAUAUGCUAUUUAACAUUUUUAUAAAUAUCGUCAAAGAUGAAUAUAUUAACAAAUAUAUAUAUAUAUAAAACAGCUAAAA